AAACAGGUAGAUAACCAUUAUUUAUCUUCUGUUAUCACUCGUGCCGACGGGUAGGGGAUAUCUUCGCACGUGUUAGGUUUAUGUCGAUAACCGCUACGUGCGAGAAUCAUGCUCUCGCCAUCUCAUUGUGGAGUCCUUUAAAGCCUAUCCAAGGUGUUCCAUACAUAUCCAUAUAUCUUUCAUUUUUUUCUUCUCUGUUUUUUUUUGGCACACAAGAAAAGAAAUGGCAUCUCAUGCCGUUUCUAGCGGACAAAAACCACACGUAGUUUGCGUACCUUUCCCAGCUCAAGGCCACAUCAAUCCGAUGCUGAAAGUGGCUAAACUCCUUUAUGCCAGAGGCUUUCAUGUUACCUUUGUCAACACUGUCUACAACCACAACCGUCUCAUCCGGUCACGUGGUCCCAACGCUCUUGAUGGGCUUCCUUCUUUCCAGUUCGAGUCCAUCCCUGACGGUCUACCGGAGCAACCUAUCAAGGACGUCAUGCAGCGCGUCCCUCCCCUUUGUGAGUCCACCAUGAAAAACUGUCUGGCUCCGUUUAAAGAGCUUCUCCGUCGUAUUAACAGCAAAGAUGAUAUUCCUCCCGUGAGCUGUAUUGUAUCGGACGGUGUGAUGAGCUUUACACUUGAUGCAGCCGAGGAGUUUGGAAUCCCGGAGGUUCUUUUCUGGACAACCAGUGCUUGUGGCUUCUUGGCUUAUCUACACUUCUAUCGCUUCAUCGAGAAGGGGUUAUCACCACUAAAAGGUACUAUAAUACAGUCUAUUUUAGCAGAUGAGAGUUACUUAGACACAAAAAUAGACUGGAUACCAUCGAUGAGAAACCUAAGACUCAAAGACAUACCAAGCUUCAUCCGUGCAACGAAUCCUGAAGACAUAAUGCUAAACUUUUUUGUCCAUGAGGCCGACCGAGCCAAACGCGCUUCCGCUAUCAUUCUCAACACAUUUGAUAGCCUUGAGCAUGACACCAUCCAAUCUAUUCAAUCUAUCAUACCUUUAGUAUACACUAUUGGACCGCUCCAUCUACAAGUGAAGCGGGAGAUCGACGAGAAAAGUGAAAUUGGACGGUUGGGAACGAAUCUGUGGAGAGAAGAGAUGGACUGUUUGAAUUGGCUCGAUACUAGGUCUCCAAGCAGCGUCGUUUAUGUUAAUUUCGGUAGCAUAACAGUGAUGAGCAAGAAACAUCUCAUGGAGUUUGCUUGGGGCUUGGCAGCAACAAAGAAAGAUUUUCUCUGGGUGAUCAGGCCGGAUUUAGUAGCCGGUGAUGUAGCUAUGGUUCCACCAGAGUUUCUUAUAGAGACGGCUGAUCGAAGGAUGCUAGUGAGUUGGUGUCCUCAAGAGAAAGUUCUUUCUCAUCCAGCAGUCGGAGGAUUCUUAACACAUAGUGGGUGGAACUCAACUAUGGAGAGCCUUUCUAGUGGAGUUCCAAUGGUGAGUUGGCCGUUCUUUGCAGAGCAGCAAACAAAUUGUAAAUAUUGUUGUGAUGAAUGGGAGGUGGGGAUGGAGAUCAGUGGAGAUGUGAGGAGAGAAGAGGUUGAGGAGUUGGUAAGAGAACUAAUGGAUGGAGAUAAAGGAAAGAAAAUGAGAGAGAAGGCGAAAGAGUGGCGGCGUUUGGCAGAGGAAGCGACGGACCAUAUGCGUGGUUCGUCAUUUGUAAAUCUUCAGAAAGUUGUUAACAAGGUUCUCUUAGGCAACAUAAGCCAAUAGAGACUAUUAAUACAAAUAAAUUUACGUAUAAUAAGGUUUUAUCUUACGAAAAAAAUGAUUACGUACGUGAUUUACAUAAUAAUGCACUAUUUGUUUGUUUUCUCUUUAUAGAAAAGUUUUAGGCUCUGCAUAGAGUGUUUCGUUUGUUUAUA